GCGGUUUUUGAGGAGAGGAUUUAUCGCAUUUAUGGCUAAGCUGGUUUAUAAGUGUAUCCUGCGUGUCCUGUGCGAUAAUCAGGGCAGCUUGGACUUCCGGCGCUUAAAUGACCAGAUUACGGAACUUUUUAGGGAUGCGGCAUUACUGCGCACCAUUCUGUUUGACGAGGAGAAGAUAGCCAUACAAGAGGGUAAAGAGAAGGCCAGCGGUGCAGAAGUCAUCAGACCUGACAGUAUCAUCGUGGCAAAAACCAGUGUGCGUCUGUGUACGUCCAAAACGUGCCAAGGAUGCGACAAGUUACACCUGUGCAGAUAUUACGUGUGUGGAGGAUGCCGUUUCAGAGACAAAUGUAAAAACUCCCACAGUGUGAUGUCGCUGCACAAUGUCCAGGUCUUGAGGAAGUGUGACCUUCAGGAUCUCACAGAAAAGCAACUGUUCCAACUGUUACUGCAGAAUGACCCCUUUCUGCUUCCAGAGAUCUGUUCCCACUACAACAAAGGAGAUGGCGAGAGCGGCUCCUGCAAAUACAAUACGACCUGCACCAAGCUUCACAUGUGUCAACACUUCUUAAAAGGUGACUGUAAUUUUGGCUCAUCGUGUAAAAGAAACCACUCCAUCGACGCUCAGGGGAUGAAGCUGUUCCAACAGUACAGUCCGGAGAAUAUUAAAGGCCUCUACAAAAUCUACAGAAACAAACUCAUCAUCCAGGACCAAAGGCCACGGCCAGAUCCUGUUCCUUCUUCGUCCAAACAAACCAGCAAACCUCCGUCUCCAAUCAAUGCGGACCGCAAUGAGAUCUGCUGGUUUUUUAUCUGCGAAAACUGCAAAUAUAAAGAGAGGUGUGUGCGCGUUCACUGGCACCUGCCUUACAAAUGGGAGAUGUGGGAAGGAGAAAGCAUGACCUGGAAAAACCUGGAUAACAUGGAGGACAUUGAAAAGGCCUUUUGUAAUCCAUCCUCUGAUUCUUUUUCGCAGAUCGAACAGUGUGUUGACUUCAUUAAAAUGAUUUGCGGAAACUCUUCUGUGCGCCGUCUGUCCACUACCUCCUCUGCGUCUCCCUGUUCCAAUCACAUCCUCACGACAGAGUGGCUCUGGUACUGGGAGGAUGACAAUGGCACAUGGAUGGAGUAUGGACAGGGUGUUACACAGGCCUCUCUCACCUCUCAGAAUCUGGAGGAAAAAUAUCUUGCAGACAAAAAUGCAGACGUUGAAUUUGAUGUAGGCAGUCAGAAAUACAAGCUUUAUUUUAAGGGGGCACAGGGACUGCCGAUGUAUCAGCAAGACCUAAGAUCCAACACCAGAAGAGAGGUGAGAAGAAGGCCGCGCUUUGUGUCUGCUCAAGAUGUUCAGGCUAAGAUAAAGAGUGCCAGCUCCUCUCCCGUUGUCCCAGUUUGAGGGGACUGGAACAAGAACGCACUGCCUGAGACUGGAUACAAGUCCAUAUCCCUCUCUACCUCUGCCAGAGAAUACAAGAUGAUUGUGAAGCUGUUUAUGCCAACCAUGCCCAAGAGUAAAAUUAUCAGCAUCAAAAGGAUCCAGAACCCAUCUCUGUGGACGAUGCUUCAGUUAUUUACUCCCCACGCUGAGGUCCAAGGGCCAGCUCCAGCUUGUUUUAUCCCAGUUAUGGCUAAGAUAGUUUAUAAGUGUAUCCUGCAGGCUUUGUGCAAUAAUCAGGGCAGCUUGGACUUCCGGAGUCUAAAUGAACAGAUUUCUAAACAUGUUACCGUGGCGGAGGAAUUGCUGCGCACCAUUCUGUUCGACGACGAGAAAAUAUCCAUACAAGAGGGUAAAGAGAAGGCCAGCGGUGCAGAAGUCAUCAUACCUGACAGUAUCAUCGUGGCAAAAACCAGUGUGCGUCUGUGUACGUCCAAAACGUGCCAAGGAUGCGACAAGUUACACCUGUGCAGAUAUUACGUGUGUGGAGGAUGCCGUUUCAAAGACAAGUGUAAAAACUCCCACAGUGUGACGUCGCCGCACAAUGUCCAGGUUUUGGGGAAGUGUGACCUCCAGGAUCUCACAGAAAAGCAACUGUUCCAACUGUUACUGCAGAAUGACCCCUUUCUGCUUCCAGAGAUCUGUUCCCACUACAACAAAGGAGAUGGCGAGAGCGGCUCCUGCAAAUACAAUACGACCUGCACCAAGCUUCACAUGUGUCAACACUUCUUAAAAGGUGACUGUAGUUUUGGCUCAUCGUGUAAAAGAAACCACUCCAUCGACGCUCAGGGGAUGAAGCUGUUCCAACAGUACAGUCCGGAGAAUAUUAAAGGCCUCUACAAGAUCUACAGAAACAAACUCAUCAUCCAGGACCAAAGGGCACGGCCAGAUCCUGUGUCUCCAGAAGUGAGCUGCCCAGUUCCACUGUCUCCCUCCAAAACAGUUCCUUCUGCUUCCAAACAAACCUCCAGCAAACCUCAGAGUCCAACCAGCGCUGCGACUCCUAAACCCGUGACGGACUCGGACCGCAAUGAGAUCUGCCUGUUCUUCAUCCGUAGAAACUGCAAAUAUAAUGAGAGGUGUGUGCGCGUUCACUGGCACCUGCCUUACAAAUGGGAGAUGUGGGAAGGAGAAAGCAUGACCUGGAAAAACCUGGAUAACAUGGAGGACAUUGAAAAAGCCUUUUGUAAUCCAGCAAAUGACACGAGCAGCAACAAUCAACAGACAUCACCGUCUUCUGGGAUGUUUGGAUUCUUUAAAUAUCAAAGUUCUGCUCCAGCCGUCCAGUGUGUUGACUUCAAUAAAAUGAUUUACGGGAGCUCUCCUGUGCGCCGUCUGUCCACUGCCUCCUCUGUGUCCCACCCUCCCAAUCACAUCCUCACGACGGAGUGGCUCUGGUACUGGAAGGAUAACGGUGGUGCGUGGGUGGAGUAUGGAGAGGAUGGUACUGGGAAUGCAUCGGCCUCUCUCACCUCUCAGACUCUGGAGAAUAUCUAUCUCGCAGACAAAAACGCAGACAUUGAAUUUACCGCCGAAAGUCAGAAAUACAAGCUUUAUUUUAAGGGGGCACAGGGGCUGCAGAUGUGUCAGCAAAACCUACGAUACAACACCGUAAGAGAAGUGAGAAGAAGGCCGCGCUUUGUGUCUGCUCACGAUGUCCAGGCUAAACUGAAAAGUGGCAGCAAUUCAUCAACACAAAGCAGCUCCUCUGCCGUUGUUGCAGUCCCUUCAAACUGGGAUAAGAAUGCCGUGCCUGAGACUGGAUACAAGCUCGUGCCCCUCUCUGCCUCGGCCAAAGAAUACCAGAUGAUUGGGAAGUUGUUUAUGCCGACCAUGCCCCAGAAUAGAAUUACCGGCAUCAAAAGGAUCCAGAACCCGUCUCUGUGGAGAGUGUUUCAGUGGCAAAGGGAGCAGAUGCAAAAAAAGAACGGCGGUAAACCUGUGAAUGAGAAGCAUCUUUUCCAUGGGACAGACAAAUCUCUCGUUGAAGCGAUCUGUGAGCAGAACUUUGACUGGAGGAUGUGCGGUGUCCAUGGUACCGCUUAUGGCAAAGGGAGCUACUUUGCCCGAGAUGCUUCAUACUCAAACAGGUACUCCACUGGCCAUCGAGAGAAGGUCAUGUUCGUGGCCCUGGUGCUGGUGGGCGACUACACCAAAGGACAAAGCCAAUAUGUCCGACCUCCCCAAAAGGGAAACAGCACAUCCCUGUACGACAGCUGUGUCAACUGUGUGACCGACCCCAGCAUCUUUGUCAUUUUUGAGAAGCAUCAGAUCUACCCUGAGUACGUGAUCGAGUACGUCUGAGGAAGCUGUAAGAUCAGUGAACGUGUUAAUACUAGGGACGUCCUGAUUAAAUUUUUUUGCCCGAGUGCUUGUUUUGACCACAGGCUCCUGAAAAUGUGCUGUUUAAAUCCAUUUUGUAUUUUUGAGUUUUCAGAUUAUCCUCAGUCAUAUUUGGCAGUGUUUGCUAGUGUGUGCAUUGUCACCAUGGUAACUGCUGAAUAUUGCACUAUAGAGUUACAUGUAGAACACCCCCAGUGUGACAUCACUGCAAAGUAUCAAUGUGUAAUGACAUAAGAUAACAAUAACUACAAUACUAAUAUAAUAGUAUAUAGAGUAAUAGUGUUUUCAGUGUAGGUGGAGGUUACUCUGACAAAUUAAUCUGGAUUAUUUUUAAAGAUAUAAUCAGAGGGCAAACACUUUAAUCAUACUUAUCAUAAUAGUUUACAAUGUACGGUGCUACAGGGCUGACAUCCUUGACAAGCGCCCCACUCUAGUACUUAUUUAUUCUCUACACACUAGGUGGGGAUCUAUACUUCUACACUUCAUACAUUUUCAAAUUAUCCUGUUUCAAAACCUGGAAAACUUGUUGGGUACUAUUUUUGGUUAAAUGACAAUAAAUCUUUUAAUCACUUUA